CCGGAUACACACACACUCUAAACUCCUCCCUCGGUUUCCAGCUGCAACGUUUACCCCCUUUUUCACAUACACACACGUACAGAUUUGGGUCUUUCAUGGUGCGGGCUUGUGAGAGGAAUAUGAAGUUCUUAGUCGCUAUCACGAUUAUUGUCGCUUCGGUGUUUUUCCUGCUGCUGCCAAACGGCUCUCAGGCUGAUGAGAAGAAGAAAGGGCCCAAAGUCACGGCCAAGGUAUACUUCGAUAUCCAAAUUGGAGAUGAGGAUGUAGGGCGCAUCGUCAUCGGAUUGUUUGGAAAAACCGUUCCAAAGACCACUGAUAAUUUCCUCGCAUUGGCAACAGGAGAGAAAGGAUUCGGUUACAAGGGAAGCAAGUUCCAUCGCGUGAUUAAGGACUUCAUGAUCCAGGGAGGCGACUUCACCAGAGGAGAUGGAACUGGUGGAAAGAGCAUCUAUGGUGAUCGUUUCCCUGAUGAGAACUUCAAGCUGAAGCACUAUGGCCCAGGAUGGCUGAGCAUGGCCAACGCAGGCAAAGACACUAACGGUUCCCAGUUCUUCAUUACCACCGUGCAGACACCAUGGCUCGAUGGAAAACACGUCGUCUUUGGCAAGAUCUUGGAGGGCAUGGAUGUGGUGAGGAAGAUUGAGGCCACCAAAACAGACGGCAGGGACAGACCUUUAAAAGACGUCACCAUCCAUGAAUGCGGCAAAAUCGAAGUGGAAAAGCCUUUUGCUAUUGCAAAAGAGUAAAUCACCCGGGGGGACAAACAGGACUGUGGGCUUCUGGGGUUUUAGCAGGUCUGCUGUACCACUGAUAUUUUAGUGGUGUGUAUAUGUAUGUACGUAACGUACGUGUGUGUUUGGCACUUAAGCGCAACCCGCCUCACACUCCUACAUCUGUCGUUGUCCACCUUGGGUCCAUUUCAGAGAGGCAUUCCACAUGGUCCUACGCUGACCCACUUAACACCUGUUUUUUGUAAACAAACCUUCAAUAAAGGAUCCAAGUUUUGUUAA